AUGGCAUCAAAAUCUGCCAGUGGUGCUGCGAAACGCAAAAUAAAAAAACAAAGAGAAGUAUCUGUUAAGCGGAUGCCGAAAAUUGACACAAAUUUCAAACAAAACCACGAAGAAACAGAAGAGCAAGAUAUUGAUAACCCAGGUAUUUUAUUAAAUAAAAUUAAAACUGCCAGUAAUUCCGUCUCAGAACCAACUGCAACAUCUAGUAUUGACACUAUUAAUACUAAAAAUGUUGAACCUAAUAUUUUUAACAGUUUAAUCUGUGAACGUUUUCCUACUGACAAAGUUCAUUUUAAAGAACCACUCAGUUACCAAGAAAAACGUUUUAUAAUUUCUCAAGGCCCUUGUCAACCUAAGGGUCCAUUUCCAACUGACACUACAUCCAACUUGUCUUUUAGAGGUUACCGAGAAACAGACUUGAGUAAAAAUAAAGGCAAUUUUUUAUCAAUAAUUACCCUUAUUUCAAAAUAUGAUCCCAUAUUAGAAAAUCUAUUGAGUAUGCCAGCUGGUAAGGGUACAGCAAAUUAUUUAAGUAACACUAUUCAAAAUGAGAUUAUUACUUUACUCACAAAUACGAUAUUAGAACAAAUUAUUUUAAGUAUUAACCGAUCACCAUUUUUUUCUGUCAUAAUGGAUACUACUCAAGACAUUAGUAAGAUUGAUCAACUAAGUCAAGUUAUUCGAUACGUUUCGGUUAUUUCAGACUCUGAUGGUAAUCCUAAGACAUUGCAAAUAAAUGAAUCAUUUAUUGGCUUUGUAGAAAUUGUUGACCAAUCAAGUGCUGGUUUAGAAGAAUCUAUUAUUAAUUGUAUUACAAAAAAUAAUUUAAAUUUGUCAAAACUUCGUGGUCAAGGGUAUGAUGGGGCUGCCAACAUGAGUGGUGUAUAUUCAGGUGUCCAGGCUAGGUUAAAAUCUAAACAAAAAUUGGCUACAUAUAUCCAUUGUGCUUCACAUAAUUUGAACUUAGUUCUAAAUGAUGCAAUGAAUUCAUCAACGGAAGUAAAAACUUUCUUUGGACUUGUAGAAAAAAUUUAUACAUUUUUUUCAAAUAGUAUUAAACGUUGGCAAUUACUUUUAUCUUCAGAAUCAUCAGAUAUUUCAAUUACAUUAAAAAGAUUAUGUACCACUCGUUGGUCAUCAAGGUAUGAUUCUUUAUUAGCUAUUCGACAUCGCUACGUUGAUAUUUUAAAAUGUUUAUCGCAAAUAAUUCUUAGAAGCAAAAAUAAGGACGAAAUAUUUGAAGCAAAUUAUUUAAAAGUUCAUAUGGAAGAUUUUCAAUUUAUAUUCAGUGUAAUUUUCAUUGGCAAAAUUCUGGAAACUGUAAAUGUUGUAUCAAAAGCUCUUCAGUCUCCUAAACAAGAACUGAGCACAGCAGUUUCUUUGCUGAAUUCUGCGUUGAUAAAACUCCAAGAAUACAGGUCACAAUACAGUGAUUUUUUCGAAAUAGCAGUAGAAAUCGCAAAAAAAAUGGGGUGUACCACAAAAAUUUCAAGAAAAAAGAACCCGAAGAACGAACAAAUUUAUAACUCCGCUAAUAAAUUGGUAGAAUAUUAUGAUUCUGAUUUAUCUAAUGCUCUUGCUGGUCAAAUUUUAUCGUUCAGAUCUUGUUUUAAAGAAGAAAUUACAAAACGAACAUCGGUAAAAGCAAUUACUGAAUUACUUGUAAUAGAGAACCCCACAUUAGCAACAACAUUUUCUGAAAUAUGUACAGCAUGUAUGUUAUUUUUGACAUUCCCUGUGAUAGUUGCUACAGCGGAACGUUCAUUUUCAAAAUUAAAAUUAAUCAAAAAUUAUUAG